AGGCUCCCGAGGCCCGGGCGCGGCGCCUCCUCCGGCUGCAUGGCUCAAGGGAGACCCGUCCCUCCCGAGGGAGACGCCGCGGCGGAGAGGCCUGGAGGGCGGCGCCUCAGCCCGGGCUCCGAGGCCCGGCCCACAAGCAGGCGGCGCCGGCCGGCCUCUUCCCCUCACGCGGCGGCGGGCGGCGGCGGCGUCGCCUGACGAUGAAGGCCGCGCCUUCGGGCCUGAGGCCGGCAUGAGGAUUUUCAAGCAAUUAAACGGCUUCUUCGCUAGACUCCCGAAAACAAAAGCUUUUGGAACGACUGCAUCAAAUACAUCACUUCCACCCAUCUGGGCGCUUCGGGACCAGUCUUUCGAUCGGUUGCCUGGAUGUCUCUCAGCCGCUCAGAGAAAUAAUUUUGCCACCAUGCCAGAGAUGCUGGACAGUCAACCUGACCUUGACCUGUACGUACCUCACCCCAGAGUCCGUGGCAUGACCACCCUGGACCGAGCCGCUUUCACAAAGCAGGUGGUCCUCCCAGCGCUCAAGGUUAAGAAAGACGCCCUUCAGAAAGUGGUGAAGUCUCUCAAAGGUGUCCUGCUCCAGCGCCCAGGUCUAAAGAGAAUAGUUGACGAUCUGGAAGGCGAAGAUGAGAGGUUAAUUUUGUUGGAUCCUCACAAGAUUCCUGCCGGUUCUUCAUUGGCUGAAGCCCAGCAAGAGGUGUUGAAGAGCUUCAGCGUGAGCCCCGAGGUGCUCAGCUACAACCUGGAACUCACCUACGACAACUUCAAGGUGGAAGAAGUUCUACAAGCCGUGCUUCCUGAAGGCCAGGAAGUCACCACAGCCUUCAGCAGGAUUGGCCAUAUAGCUCAUUUGAAUCUGAGAGACCAUCAGCUGCCCUACAAGCAUUUGAUCGGCCAAGUGAUCAUCGACAAGAAUCCAGGACUGACCUGCGCCGUGAAUAAAACCAAUAUCAUAGAAAGCGCCUAUCGAAAUUUUCAGAUGGAGGUGCUAGCUGGAGAAGAAGCCAACAUGAUAACGAAGGUAAAAGAACAUUACAUCACGUAUGAAUUCGAUUUUUCCAAAGUCUACUGGAACCCCCGGCUCUGUACGGAGCACGCGCGCGUCGUCGGCCUCCUAAAGCCGGGAGACUUCCUCUUCGACGUCUUUGCAGGGGUGGGGCCUUUCGCCGUCCCGGCGGCGAAGAGGAACUGCGUUGUGUUCGCGAAUGACCUCAACCCCGAAUCCUACAGAUGGCUGCAGCACAACUGCAAACUCAACAAGGUGGACCGGAAGGUCCAAACCUUCAACAUGGACGGCCGGGACUUCCUGGAAGGGCCCGUGAGGCAAACGCUGAUCCAGCAGCUCGCCUUGAAGGAUCGGAAGCACGCCCUGCACAUCGUCAUGAACUUGCCGGCCAUGGCGAUCGAGUUCCUGGACGCCUUCAGGCACCUCUUGGCCGGUGGGACGGGCAGCGCCGACCUUCCCACGGUGCACUGCUACGGCUUCUCCAAGCACGACGACCCUGUGCGAGACGUGCAGGAGAGAGCAGAAGCCCGCUUGGGGACUUCCUUGGAGGGCUGCUGUUCUGUGGAGCUGGUGAGGAACGUGGCGCCCCAUAAAGAAAUGAUGUGCAUCAGCUUCCGCGUACCAGCUGAGGUGUUGUACAAGGAGCCGCCUUCAGGGGCAGGUGUGGAUCACCAGCCUCAAGAGCCAGCCUCCAAACGUCCGCGCUCAAGUGAAGAGUCCCCAGAAGAAAAGGGGAAAGAGGCUCUUUAGGAGUCUUGGCACGUUAGAAGAAGGCCAAGCGGAACUUGAGUCCUUUCAUUCGAAGUGGGUUUCCUCAUAAGAAAAGCUGACAUUUGUUUCUCAAAGUUUCAUGCUGAGGCAUUGCUAUGUCCCCCCACCCCCCCACCAUGACCGAUGGUUGGAAGGGUCCAUUCCUUUCACUCGAAAGUGGAUUAAAUUUUUUAUUUUCCCA